AGAGCUGAAGAUCCGGAUCCGGAGCGGCUGAAAGGCGGAAGUGGAGGCCGGAGCCUGGGACACCGCCGGGGGUGGGGGGGAGAGGAGCGGAGUCUGUGGAAGCCCCGGCCCAAAGUAACGCUGCUGCCCGGAGCCGCGUUGGAGGCCUCCCUUCCCAUUAAGUGCCUCUUUGCAUAGCACCGGCCCCACCCCCACGCUCACUGGUACUACUACAGAGCAGCGCGCCAUGGCGGGUCGAGGAGGUGCAGCACGACCCAAUGGACCAGCUGCUGGCAACAAGAUCUGUCAGUUUAAGCUGGUCCUCUUGGGCGAGUCUGCCGUGGGCAAGUCCAGCCUGGUCCUCCGCUUUGUCAAGGGGCAGUUCCAUGAGUACCAGGAGAGCACAAUUGGAGCGGCUUUCCUCACACAGACUGUCUGCUUAGACGAUACAACGGUCAAGUUUGAGAUCUGGGACACAGCUGGCCAAGAGCGCUAUCACAGCCUGGCCCCGAUGUACUAUCGGGGGGCCCAAGCAGCCAUUGUGGUCUAUGACAUCACCAACACAGAUACAUUUGCACGGGCUAAGAAUUGGGUGAAGGAGUUACAGAGGCAGGCCAGCCCCAACAUCGUCAUUGCACUAGCGGGGAACAAAGCAGACCUGGCCAGCAAGAGAGCUGUGGAGUUUCAGCCCUGCCAUCUGCCAUGUUCCCCUCCCACUCUCUUCCUCACAUGCCUGAGUCAGGAAGCACAAGCCUAUGCAGAUGACAACAGCUUGCUCUUCAUGGAGACGUCUGCCAAGACUGCAAUGAACGUGAAUGAAAUUUUCAUGGCAAUAGCUAAGAAGCUUCCCAAGAAUGAGCCCCAGAAUGCGGCUGGGGCUCCGGGCCGAACCAGAGGUGUGGAUCUGCAGGAGAGCAACCCAGCCAGCCGGAGCCAGUGCUGCAGCAACUGAGCCCCCUUACCUGCCACUGCCCCCACUCCUCCACCACAAUGACCCGACUGGAAUCUACUCUAACCAAUCGCACUUAACAACUCGGGCCACCACUGGGGGCAGGGGAAGGGUCCAUCAAGAAUUCUCCGCAUAACUUUGAUCCUAGGCCGGAGGGAGUUAUUCCACCUGCACCUUUCUGUACAAAUACUAAUUCAAUUUUAAGUCUUAAGUCACUUUUUUAAUAUAUAUGAUCUUCUGCUCUUCCCAGGUCCCUUUCUCCCGCUCCCCCACUUGCCCUUUGCUGGUAGUAGCCAUGCUCCUGUGCUCCUCAUCCGUGGGGACAGGGCUUGGAGCAGUCACCCUUUCUUCCCUUCUUGCUGGAGAGCGGACUCAGCAAGAGCACCCACAUCUUAACUUGUUGGGAGCGUCUUAGGCUGGGGCAGUGGGCAGGCCCUGAGCUGGGGAAGGGACAGGCUGCUCUUCCCUCAGCUGGCUGUCAAUCAGGCUGCAGCCUCCUCCCCAACUGACUCCCAGCUGGGAGAGAAACCGCAGCAUUACUUAAGCAUCAUUAUUGACAGCCGGACACCCAUGGCCCAGGAUCCCUCCACCCUUGGUCACUCUGACCUCUGGCUCUGAGCCCUGUUCUGACCAAAUCACGAUGAUGAGUAUUUGGGGGUGGGUGGGUAAGGGGGGGGAGUGGGAGGGAUGGAACCAACUUUUUCUGUAUUUUGUAUUGUAUGUUUUCUUCACCAUGUAACCAAUCAGUAUCUUGUCAAUAUAGUCAGCCGAUCGAUCGACCUCACGCUUGUCUUCCUCGUCCUUCUCUGGCAGCUGAUCAGGCCAUACGUAGCCUCUCUGUUUUUCCUGAAGUUAAUUUAAAUGAAUCAUCCAAUCUCAUUAAAUGGCUCUACUCCCUGUGUGUGAGAGGAUGCUGGUGGUCAUGGUAACCAAAAGAAAGAAGCCCUGCUGUUGGUAGUUCUGAUGGUGGAAGAGGAUAGGACUGACCUGGGGCUGACAUCUGUCUCCCCCCAGCUUACAUUAAAGGAUAUGCAACCUGUAUUUGAA